UACCGCCCCCACCACAGACACGGCAGAGCUUCUCCAGCGCCGAGCCAGGGGCAGCGUCUGUGGGCACACGCAGGUCAGGUUGAGCGUCUAACCCACCGCGCCUACGGCCCCAGCCAGUUUCGUCUCUGCUGUAGCUUGGGCCUAGAGAGCUACAGAGAAAGGUUCCCACCCCUUCGUUUGGAGUCCCACUAGUUGGUGCUGGCCCUCAACCGUUUCCCUCCCAAACUUAGUCGAUAUUCCUAAGAGUGCAGCUCAGAAUACAUUCUUAUCCACUACUCCGUUACGCGUAGCUAACGUCAGAAAGCAGCAGCUCUUUUCCGUUGUCUGCAUCAGGCUACUCUUCUGGACUGCCGUUUUGCUUGACUGCCAAGUGAUGGUUCUCUUCCCGUUUCUGUUUCACGCUGCAGUGACUGGAAGAGCAAUAUCUUCUGCUGCCUACCACAGACUUCCAGAGCUGUCUUUAGCUGUACUAGCAUCUACCCAGGUGGAAAUGUUCUCCAUUUCCUUUUAUCCAGAUAGCUUCAAGGACUGUUGUGCACUGGGUAACAUAUGCAUUAAUACUUGUUUUAGAGUUUUAUCAUGUUAUUUUAGAAACAAUAUAAUACAGGUAUUAUUGUAUUAUAUAGGCUAUUGUUCUUUUACACUGUGUGGCAAUUUAUUUCCUGUCAUGUUACUCUGGAACACAAUGGGCUACAGUGAACAACACUGAUGUGCCCUCACCAAUCUUUUUUCCAUUUUCUCAAUCCCUGAAACCUGAGCUCGUAAGCAUGACAAAGCAACCAAACAGCACAGGAUAUUGUUACUUAACUGUUCCAUUUCCCUGUUAACGUUAAUAUUCCCAGUCCUACACGCUACAAUCCGAGAUUUAGCUGUACCCGAUUUCACAAUGACACACGAGAGAAGCAUUCUUCCAUCACAAGGCAAGGACAGGGAAAAACCAAGAAUAUCUCAUGCGCAUUUACCCUGACAAACAGGAAGGGGUAAGCUAAUAAACUUGGAGGGGGUUUUCCUGGUCUAGGGAGCCAUGGGAACUCAGAUGGCAAGGGUGUCUAGCUCCUGACCAGAAGGUCCUGGGUUCAAUCCCAGGUAGGGGUAAGUGAUUUAGCUCCAAUUCCUUCCAGACAAGUCCCAGGUCCACAACCUGCUUUCCAACUGAGUACCGGAGGUUAAUCCUUCCAGGGGUAAUAGGCUGGCCGGAGCGUGAUACUAACCACAUCACCUCCACCUCCAGUGUCGGAUGGUUGAGAAAAAAUGGUGGCCCUUGUCCCCCAUGGGCCCUGAUGGCCUGAAAAGAGACCUUCCAGGUCUAGCUGGUUUGCUCACAGGGUAGAAACCUGGAAGAACUUAAAACAAAACGGAGAGGGGCCGAUGGGUUUGCCAACUCUCCUGGGCCGGGAGCUGAGCUACGUAGGUUCGGAGAACGGUUCUAAUUGUGUUGUUCUGCAGGUCGGUCCAGCACCAUGACAAACGUGGACAGCGACCGAUGAUCCGCUGAGGUCCAACCCCCCCCCCCAUCGGGACACAGGGGUCAGCAUGGAGCCGGAGCGCGAGCCACAGUUCUGGGGGGGCCCGGGCGAGGUCUCCCCCGACCUCGAGUGCGCCAUCUGCUUCAGCCAGUUCAACAACGUCUUCCGCACCCCCAAGAUGCUGCAGUGCCAGCACACCUUCUGCCUGGAGUGCCUGGCGCGCAUGAACGUCAAGUCCUCCCAGCCGGACACCAUCCGGUGCCCCCUGUGCCGGGGGCUGACCCCGCUGCCCAACCUGGGGCUGCCCAAGCUGGACAACAACCCCGCCAUCCUCUCCUACCUCCCCGAGGCCAUGCAGCGCGUCUACAGCAUCCGCUUCAACCGGAACAAGGGGCGGCUGCUGGUGAAGAGGCCCACCGAGGUCCACGGCCUGCCCCCGCUCUGUACCGUCAGCCAGUCUCUGGACGUGGGGCUGCCCAGCGACCAUGCCGCCAGGGGCCAGAGCCAGGGCAACGCCCUGAUGCACAUGUCCAGCAAGCCCCUCUGCCGCGCCUUCAUCAUGGUGUCGGUGGUGCUGUCGAUGGUGCUGCUCACCUGCACCAUCAUCUUCAUCAUCAGCAGGAAGUAAGAGGUGGCCGCCGCAGCCCUGCGGAGAGACGGAGGUGGUGGGGGGGGUUCCCCACGGGCUGCACCGCGGCACAAAGCACAUUUCUUUGCAAAAGUAGGCCAAGAGAAGAGUGUAAAUCGGGAUGACUUGGGAGGUGGCUGGCCUUCGCGCCAUGGAGCAACGGAGUGCCCUCUUCUCCCCGACCGGUUUACCGGGCGACUGGCAUUUCGAGGACAGGAAAGCGAGACCUGAUUUUCCUAACGACUUCCCACAGCUGGGCUGGGUUUUGACAACUCUUUAGAGCUCAGCUUAGAAAUUCGAGGAAGAAACGCCUUUAACCCUUAAUUGACGGUGAACGUACUGAAUUGCCUGAAGACUGAAGAGCCGACAACUGUCUGUUUUACCUCGUAUGUGGAGACGCAUUAAGAAUGCAACACCAAUACAGAGUACUGGUUUUUACCACCCAUCGGAUGGGUUUUUAGUAAAUGUAUAUGGGAGAGCAGGUGGCUCACCUGAGAGAUCAUCGUUAGGCUCCGACUUAAAUAUACUUCUGUAUAAUAACUUCAUAUGGAAUAAGUUAUCUACGUUAUUACUUAAAGGAACGGAUUUAACAUACAAGGGCACUUCUGGAAGAAAUUCUUAAAACAAUGAUUAAGACAGGAAAAAAAUAUGCGGCAAGAUAUUGUGUAAAUAUAGAAUACAAAAGAGGAAAGAAAUAUUCUAUGCACUGUUUAUCUAAAUUUACAUACAUAUACAAGGCAUGGAAUACAUUGCAUGCAGUUCUGUGCAUCCAUCACAAGCCCCAUGUUGCGGCUUAUCUGCAUCGUCUGGCACAUCACGUUGGUUUUGGAGGGGGAAGUUUCUCUUCGAACCUCAACUGUAGUGCUACACUAAUAAAACAUUCUUCCCCCCAAAAAAGUCCUUGAACUUAAAUACCCCCACCACACAGGCAUGUUGUAGAAUAUAUGCAGCACCUUGUAGAAGUCUUCAGACCUUUCCCGUGGGAUCCCAUUUAGUGAAAUUCACAAAAUGAUGCGUACACCUUGUUUUCCAAAACAUACAUGUUUUACUCCAUUAGACUUAGGCCUGCCACAGCAAAGGGUUUGAAUUCUUGUGCGAUCGUGACCCUUCAAUUGUCGGAUCAUAGGGUCUAAUGAUAAUUUCACUGCAUUCAUUUUUGUGUGUGAAGUUGUGUGAACAGCCGGGAUUAUUAAAAAGAAGGAUAUGGAUCUCAAGAGGACUGAACCGAAGCCCAGGGAGGCUGUGCCAAAGGUGUCAUUAACCCAUACAACGAGCACACUAGCGCAUUGUAUUCAACACUAUUCAAGCAUCAGAUCUCACAAUAGACCGGUUCUCUAGCCUAGAUCAUUCUGGCCCAAACACGAAUUCACAAAGAACGCCUACCUGUUCUCUAUCCAUUCUUCUGCUGAUAGCCUUCACAGGCAUUCAUUACCUUUGGAACAGCGAGGUACCCCUGUCCCAGCUCACAGGUGGAGGGGUGGGAGGUUGUUGCUCUCAAGAGCCUCCAACCCCGUCAGACGCAAAUCGCAACGUCUUCCCAAGCGGAACAGCAGGCCCCGCUUAGUGCGUCUGACAAUUCGAGAACUGGACUCUAGAGGGCGACAUUGCUGCAGGUUUCACAGGGCAGGGACAGAAACGGGCUUCGCUCCAGUCUCGGGGCCGGAGAGACGCGCUCUUCCCCGGAACUAUCAGCUGGGUCGCUGGCCGCCUGGCUGCCCCCCCCAACCCCAGCACAAACCCCAAGCUGAGGGCCUUACUGAGGAGCGCAGGGGCUGUUGAAACAGCAGCAGCUCUCCACAAGACCUGCCUGUAUAUACACAAUUCAAUGCAAACAGGUUCUGUUAAUUAAACUCAGUACAUUACAUGCAAUAAGCAUCUAUUAAAUUCUAGGUUUAUGUCUGUACGUAUAAUGUUUCCAAUUAUUAAUGGAAAUCCCACACUUUACUAGUGGUAAAGAGGAGUGUCUCCAGCAUUAUAAUGUAGGGUUUCACAGAGCUGUUUGCCCUGAGGUAUGCAGAUGGGGGGGGGGAGAAUAUGUGAAUAUUCCAAAGAAACACAAGGUGUCAUCUUUGACUCACGAGGUC